CUUAUAAUCAUAUUCAUAUCACGUAGCUAGCUAGCAUUAUAUUUCCCGGCCUAGUCAUGACUUCUAAAUUCUCUCUUCAUCACCAUUCGCUUUUCACCAAGUACACACUGAUCCUGAUCAUCAUGAUCAUGAUCAUCAGCUCUCUCGAUUUCCUUUCAGCUCAUGGUGAUCAUCAUUCACACGUUGAAGUCAAUCAUGAUGAUCAUGGUCAUCACAAACCAACUUCUUCAUCACCCUUUGGAUUUCUCAAACAUCUUGAGGGAUCUAAGAAGGGUGACAAAGUCCAAGGCAUUCGUGACCUAAAAAAGUACCUCCAACACUUUGGCUACUUAAACCCUACACAAAUUACCAAAACCCAAAUCACCGGCCAUUCUCUUAAUGACAACAGUAUUAAUAACGAUAUUAGUACUGCCAAUGAUAGUACUUUCGAUGAUCUCUUGGAAGCCGCCAUUAAAACAUACCAAACCAACUACAACCUCAAACCCACCGGCACCUUGGACUCCCAAACCUUGUCCAAAAUGAUGAUGCCUCGUUGUGCCGUGGCAGAUAUCAUAAAUAACGACACAAGAAUGCGCUCGAAGAAAAAAAGUACAACUAGUAGUACUAAAAACCACGUCCAUAGGAAAUUACUCGGACAAAAAUAUGUCUCUACCGAUGAUCUCCAAACGGUUUCCCACUACUCCUUCUUCUCCGGAAAACCAAAGUGGCCAUCCUCCAAGUACAGCCUGACCUACAGCUUCGCAGAGGGGAUGCUGUCGGAAGACGUGGAAGCAGUGGGCCGGGCCUUUCAGACGUGGGCUUCAAACACACACUUCAGCUUUUCCAGGGCCCAAGGCAACACGAAGGCCGAUAUCAGGGUCAGUUUUGAGCGCGGCGAUCACGGUGACGGCGACGCUUUCGACGGGGCCGGCGGGGUCUUGGCUCACGCGUUCUCUCCGACCGACGGGAGGCUGCACUUCGAUGCCGACGAGACUUGGGCUAUCGGUGAGGUCGCGGACGCGUUCGACGUGGAGACGGUGGCUUUGCAUGAGAUAGGGCACAUUCUAGGGCUCUUGCACAGCUCGGUUGAAGGAGCAAUCAUGUAUCCGCAGAUUGGCUCGGGACUCACCAAGGGUUUGAAUGCGGAUGAUAUUCAAGGGAUUAAUGCUCUAUACAACGUUGUCGUUUAAAAAGAUCCUGAUUAUUGUUGACGAAAGUCCAAAAGAUGAUCAGGAGAUCAAGUCCUCAAUUAAUUAUAUUCGUUAAUUUGCUUGAUUAUUUUUAUUUUUGUGUAUG